CUAUGAGACCUACGGAGUGGAACCCCGCGAGGCUUCUCCUGUAGGGCGUGUGAUGAGGAGGAGAGUUUGGCUUUGGAGUGCUCGGAACCAGAGGAAGUGCCGAGGACUCGGAGCCCAGCCCUGACCGUGAGAGAGCCCCCACACAAUGAACAAACUGAGCUUCCACAACAACAGAGUCAUGCAAGACCGCCGGAGUGUGUGUAUUUUCCUCCCCAACGACGAGUCUCUGAACAUCAUCAUAAAUGUUAAAAUUCUGUGUCACCAGUUGCUGGUCCAGGUGUGUGAUCUACUCAGGCUAAAGGACUGUCACCUCUUUGGACUCAGUGUCAUACAGAAUAAUGAACAUGUGUAUAUGGAGUUGUCACAAAAGCUUUAUAAAUAUUGUCCAAAAGAAUGGAAGAAAGAGGCCAGCAAGGUACGACAAUACGAAGUCACUUGGGGUAUUGACCAAUUUGGACCUCCUAUGAUUAUCCACUUCCGAGUGCAGUACUAUGUGGAAAAUGGCAGAUUGAUCAGUGACAGAGCAGCGCGAUACUAUUAUUACUGGCACCUGAGAAAACAAGUUCUCCAUUCUCAGUGUGUGCUCCGAGAGGAGGCCUAUUUCCUGCUGGCCGCCUUUGCCCUGCAGGCCGAUCUUGGGAACUUCAAAAGGAACAAGCACUACGGAAAAUACUUUGAGCCAGAAGCUUACUUCCCAUCUUGGGUUGUUUCCAAGAGAGGGAAGGACUACAUCCUGAAGCACAUUCCAAACAUGCACAAAGAUCAGUUUGCACUGACCGCUUCUGAGGCUCAUCUUAAAUAUAUCAAAGAGGCCGUCCGACUAGAUGACGUCGCUGUUCAUUACUACAGAUUGUAUAAGGAUAAAAGGGAAAUUGAAGCUUCUCUGACUCUUGGAUUGACCAUGCGGGGAAUACAGAUUUUUCAGAAUUUAGAUGAAGAGAAACAAUUACUUUAUGAUUUCCCCUGGACAAAUGUUGGAAAGUUGGUGUUUGUGGGUAAGAAAUUUGAGAUUUUGCCAGAUGGAUUGCCCUCGGCCAGGAAGCUCAUCUACUACACGGGGUGCCCCAUGCGCUCCAGGCACCUCCUGCAGCUGCUGAGCAACAGCCACCGCCUGUACAUGAAUCUGCAGCCUGUCCUGCGCCACAUCCGGAAGCUGGAGGAAAAUGAAGAGAAGAAGCAAUAUCGGGAAUCUUACAUCAGCGACAACCUGGACCUUGACAUGGACCAGCUGGAAAAGCGGUCCCGGGCCAGCGGCAGCAGCGCGGGCAGCAUGAAGCACAAGCGCCUGUCUCGUCACUCCACCGCCAGCCACAGCAGCUCCCACACCUCGGGCAUCGAGGCAGACACCAAGCCCCGGGACACGGGGCCGGAGGACAGCUACUCUGGCAGCGCCAUCCACCGCAAGCUGAAGACCUGCAGCUCGAUGACCAGCCAUGGCAGCUCCCACACCUCAGGGGUGGAGAGCGGUGGCAAGGACCGGCUGGAGGAGGACUCGCAGGAUGAUGAAAUAGAGAUGUUGGUUGAUGACCCCAGGGACCUGGAGCAGAUGAAUGAAGAGUCCCUGGAAGUCAGCCCAGACAUGUGCAUCUAUAUCACGGAGGACAUGCUCCUGUCGCGGAAGCUGAACGGCCACUCUGGGUUGAUUGUAAAAGAAAUCGGUUCUUCCACCUCCAGCUCUUCAGAAACAGUUGUCAAACUUCGUGGCCAGAGUACCGAUUCUCUCCCACAGACCAUAUGUCGAAAACCAAAGACCUCCACGGAUCGACAUAGCUUGAGCCUUGACGACAUCAGACUUUACCAGAAAGACUUCUUGCGCAUUGCAGGUCUGUGUCAAGACACUGCUCAGAGUUACACUUUUGGAUGUGGCCAUGAACUGGAUGAAGAAGGCCUCUACUGCAACAGCUGCUUGGCUCAGCAGUGUGUCAACAUUCAAGAUGCUUUUCCUGUCAAAAGAACCAGCAAAUACUUUUCUCUGGAUCUCACUCAUGAUGAAGUUCCAGAGUUUGUUGUAUAAAGUACGUCCUCGUGCAGCUAUAUCCGGCAGCCUGCUGUUUGCUAGAGGCUGUGAAAGCCAUGGGUUCUUUCUUUACGUGUUUUUGUGCCAUAUUUUCUUUACCCCAAAUGCAGCUCUUUCUUGAUGAUAUUUGUGAUGGAAAUAAAAGCCUUGGAACAAUUGCACUUUAAGUAUUGCGCAGAAUUAAGAGAAUGUACAGCAAGACAAGUGCCCGGAAGUUCACGAUCCUUUGGAAAGGAAAUGUGCUUUACUGGUUACCAAGCCUUCAGGAUAUUGAACGGUGGUGUUUUUUGUUCAUUGUUCUUUUGUUUUUUUAAUUCAAUUACCCAUAACAUCACUUUUUUUUAAUCAUGUGAAUAAUGUUGUUAGGUCUGUUUGUUUGCUUGUAAAUUUUUGUAUCACUCCCUCCUGAAAUGCUCCUGUUUUGAGGGAGGAGAGAGAAGAGUCCCUUCUUAUUUUAAUGGACAGACCAUUGCCUAGUACACAGCCAUCGCCGCCUCACAGGGGCUGUCCCAAAAAGAACACUAACGAAGCAGUCAAAAUCAUGUGGUUCUAGCAAGCCAAAGAUACGUACGUAACAGGAGUGCAGCCCAGGGUCAAGAAGAUGUGAAUUAAGCAAUAACCGGAAGACUGUGCAUGCUGUGAUGUCGUGUGACUCCCUCACGCCCAGUCAGUGCCAUGUCCUCCUCCUCUGCUCCUCUUCCAGAAAGCUCUAGGACUCAGUCAAGCUCCUCAUUCAAGUAACGGAUCAAUUGUGUUCAUAUCAUAAUGCAUUUUGUGGAGUUUCCAACCCUGUUUUCUGUUAAAAUUAUGGAAAUAUCUUAGAAAAUGUUUGCGCUUGGUGUCUUUUUUGUUUUUUAACCAAGAACAAAUUACAGUAAUACUAGUUUCUGCUUAACCAAAAAUACCCUGAUUAUACAUAUAUGUUAUUAUACAUAUAUAAAUACAUGAGAUUGUGCGUGUUUAUAUGUGUUUAAAGCUUACUACUUCAUUUUCACUUCCAUGACUAUCUUGUAUACGUGGUCUUUCUUUUUUUAAUAUGGUGGAUGCAUCAUUGAAUGAAUGAUACCUACAGACAAUCAGUUGACAUACAUAUAGUUAAACAUGACUAUUUUUUUCCUGUGUCUUUUGCCAUUAUUCUCAACCCAGGGUGCAUAGUAGAAUUAUUUGGGGAGCUUUAAAAAAAAUACAUAACAAUGUCUGGGUCCAACCUCCGAUGAAUUAAAUCAGUCUCUUGUGGUAAGACCCGAGUGGAAUUGCCUUUUCUUUUAAAGUUCUCCAAAUGGAGCUAAUAUGCAGCAGAGUUGAAAACCACUGAUCUAGAGGGUGUCUUUGUAUUAAUUUUGAAAUAAAAGCAUCCAGAAAAUGUUAGUGUUUGAGAAGAGGCCAUUUUUAAGACAGUUACUGCCACUGCUGUUAGGCUAUAUAAUGAAACCAAGUCAGGAGAAUGAACUUACUAACCUUUAGAUGUCAAUACAAUGUGGCUCGCACUUCAGGAGAGUACUUUAGCACAAUGUCUUUCUAUGAAAAGUUUUUAAUGAUUUCAUAUUUAAAACAUUUGUUUACCAUAUUUUGAUAUACCAUUUUUUCUAUAUACCAGGUUUUAUUAAAAAAACUAUAUUAUUUUCUAAAGAAACUCAUAUUUUUAUACAAAAUUAAGUUUUCAGGUAACAAAGAAAUAGAUUUAGGGUACAGAACAUGCAGUGUUACCCACAGAUGGGAGUCAGUAUUAUAAACACAUGGAGAACGUGAGCAAACUCCACCUGUGCAGCCCCUUGCAUGUCCCCACAGGGAUGUGACAGGGUAGUGUGUGCACAAUAAGCCUGGUCCAAUCAGUUUAACUUGACACUUUAAAUGGAACACACUUCUAUAGUGUUCUAUAGUCAUGAAAUUAUUUUACUUUUAUCAAAUGUUUUUAAAAAACCAAAGUUUCAGAUAUCAGAAUGUAUAACAGUGUCUCAGUCUCUGUAUAAAAAGGAUAAAGUAUGAAAGGAUCAUCUAAUGACUGUUUUACUUAUAAGUCAUUAAAUAAUCCACCAUUUCUUAUAGAUGCUCAAGAGACAAAUCCUGGUGACAUUUGAUUCUAAAGAGCCCAGGUUAUAAUGUGGUGCAUUUCUUUAGCUGUUAGUGUUUCUUGCAGUCAUCAAGAAAAAAACCUAUUUCAUUAAUGAGAUAGUGCUUUAUACUUUAUUUUCUCUCUCCUUCAACCAGAAUCAAGUCUUCAGGUUUUUCCAGCACUGUUGGUGGUUUUGCACACCGUCUUUCUAAUUGGAUUUUGAAUAGUUUUGUGGGUUUUCAAAAAUGAAACAUGCUAAGAUGCUAAGGACAUUCUUGCUUUCUGAUCCACUGUUUGCAGCAGAAUUAUAUAUAUGUAUAUGAAAAUCCAUUUUGAAUACCUACAUUUUUGUAUUUGGAAAUUGUUUUAAAAAAUAAAAAAUAAGGAAAAGAAAAGUAUAAAGCUGUUAUUUAUUCUGCAUUUGUUAAUAUCCAUUGCUAGUUAGUAUACCAAUUUGGUAUAUAUUGCCUCUACACAUCUACAUUUGUAUUUGCAACAGUGAGCUUUAUAUCUACAGAAACUUGUCAAUAAUCCUUUCUGUGAAAGGAUCAUCAUAUCAGGAUGAUACCAAAAGUGUGUUUAAAAAAAACUGCAUUAUUUUGUAAUUAUUCUUGUAGGCAUUUCAUGGUAAGAUUAACAGUCAAUAAAGUUAGUUUUUAUUUGUC